AUGUUUAACAGGUAUCUAUCCAGAUAUGCUUCAACUCCAAUAUUCACAAUCGUCGGGUGCGUUAUUAUAUUGUUUGUUUACAACCACGUGAGCCUCAAGCCUUGUAGAACCGAUGACAAAUUUCUAAAAAACGCUCUUCCAGUAGUGACUACAGUAUACACAACUAGGCCUAGGACAACUGCUCAGACAGGCGAUGGUUACUUACCCAUAGAUGUACCAUGGACGGCCGCUCACAAUAAAGAUGACUACGUGAAAGCUAAGUUUGACAAAUCAUGUUAUACGGCGACAUUACCUUUUCACAUCCCCAAAGCGUUACGUAACGAUUCGGAGUUGCAUGAACGCGAUUGUGUGCAACGUGUUCCUAGGGCCAUCAUUCCGGGAAUUCGUAAGUGUGGCACUGCCGCUCUUCAACAUUUUUUGACUGUCCAUCCUUAUAUUACUGGUCCUAUCUUGGAGGUUCAUUUCUUCGAUUCAAAGGGAAAAUAUAAUACAAAUGGAGACUCUGAACCAAGUUACGGGUGGUAUAAACAACAGAUGCCGUAUACGACCGUUGAAGAGAUUGGUAUUGAAAAGACUCCAGCCUACGUGUUCCGACCCCCCGAUCUGCCUCGUAGAGUCGCCGAGGAAAUGCCCCCGGAAACUGUGUUUAUCGUAACGCUUUGUGAUCCAGUGAGGCGAGCCGUUUCGGAUUACUUGGAAUACAAUCGAAAGAAAACUGGUACUGAGGAAAUGAUGGGACUCCACAAGUACGUUGGGGAAACGUUCGAAAGUUCUGUAAUACGAAACGGUUAUCUAGACCAGUUAAACGAGUUUGUUGAUAUGGGAAUUUACUUAAAACACCUCCUACGAUGGUUAGACCAUAUACCGAUGAAUAGAUUACACGUAGUUGACGGCGGGAUAUUGGCAGAGGACCCUGCCCUAGAAUUGCGAAAAAUUGAAACUUUUCUCGGCGUUCCGCAUUUUUUCAGAAGAGAGCAUUUUUAUCGGAAUGAAUCACGGGGACUACAGUGCAUGUCGUUUCCAUCAACACAACACUGCUUACCCUUGAACAAAGGAAGAGUUCACCCAGAUGUUGCUCUUGAUGUUUUUAAACAACUAUGUGAUUUUUAUCGACCAUAUAAUCUCGCUCUGGAGAAUCUGUUCCGUCAAAAAUUCACUUGGACAGAAAUUUGUUAAGACAAAUUAUUACUUAUUAUUAAGUUAGCACUUUACCAACGUAUUUUAUAAAAUUGCGGGUGAAAGAACAGUAGUAUAAAAUUAUGUGUACGAGCACGCACACCAUACAUGUAAUAUUAUAUUCCAACUCACAAUCACUAGAAACGUCACGCAAAUGUUGGCCGCGUUGCUUAUCACGUCAACCCAACUGUCACAAAACGAAAUAUUAGUGAACACGGCCAUUUCGACUACAAUGCAGUGCGUACGUCGAAUCUCGCACAAUACAAACAACACGUAGACAUAUUUAAACAAAUUCAAAGCCAUGUAAUUAUUGUAACAAUGAUGAUACGAAUUUAUAAAAGAACUGGUUAGUUCAGUAAAACACUA